UUCAGUUCCGCACCGCACACAGGUCCAUAGCCUUUGCACAACAGCUCGUCCCCCAUCGCCACCAUCUGUCUCUCCUCGCAGAACGCUCAGCCCCAGCUAGCCUCCCCUUCUCCCAGAACGCUAUAAAAUCCACACUCCCAGCCCGCACUCCAGCCAUUGCUGACUAGUUUUCUCCCAAGCAAGCCGCGGGCGGCAAUCGAUCAGUCAGUCGAAGCCGGACAGCCGAUCGAUUGAGGAAUGGAGCGAGGUGGUGACGAGCAGGAGAAGCAGACCGGCCAUGGUGGCUGCGACGGCGGCGGCGACGCGUCGGAGUGGAAGAAGGUGGCGGAGCUGAGGGCCGUCGUCGAGGCCAAGGACCCCGCAGCCAAGGAGGAGGAUGACUUCAUGCUGCGGCGGUUCCUGCGAGCCCGGGACCACAACAUCGGCAAGGCGUCGGCGAUGUUCCUCAAGUACCUUGCCUGGAAGUGCGCCGCCAAGCCCAACGGCUCCAUAACCGCCGAUGAGGUGCGCAACGAGCUCGCGCAAGAUAAACUCUACGUGCACGGCCACGACAAGAUGGGUCGCCCGAUGGUGUACCUCUUCGGCGCCCGCCACAUCGCUACAAAGCGCAACCUCAACGAGUUCAAGCGCUACGUUGUCUAUAUCCUCGACACCACCUGCACCAAGUUGGAGGCGGGACAGGAGAAGUUUGCAUCGGUGGUGGACCUGAAGGGGUUCGGGUACGCGAACUACGACAUCCGGGCGAUGUUGGAGGCGCUGGACAUCAUGCAGAACAACUACCCGGAGCGGCUGGGGCGGGUGUUCCUCAUCCACGUGCCCUACGUGUUCAUGGCAGCGUGGAAGAUGGUGUACCCCUUCAUCGACGACAUCACCAAGAAAAAGUUCGUGUUCGUCGCUGACAAGAAUCUAGAUGCCACCCUCCGGGACGCCAUUGAGGAGUCUCAGCUGCCCGAGGAGUUUGGCGGAAAGCUCAAGCUCCAAGGCUUCAACGCGCCGUGCAACUGAUUGGUAACGAUUUAUUAAUGUUGUCCAAAUGCACUCGAUGAGUACGUACUACGGAUGAAGUACGGUUCGUUUGGAAUUGAUGAUGGAACAGAGAUUCGAUCCAUCCUUAAGGUUACUUGGUCCCUGCCUGAGGCACAUGCAUGCAUCGUCGAAUAAUUUGUUCAUGAAAUGAAGUGUCUCGUACGUCGAGAUCUGGUUCUGUGA